CCUUGACAGAAAUCAAGAUGGCAGCUUCCAUAAGAAAUCAACUUUCUCAGCUUGCUGGGCUUUCUCAUUCAGGUGGCUCGCACAAAGAUGUAACAGAAAAGUAUAAGAGUAUUCUAGAAACAAUAAUGAAAACUGGAGGUACUGAGCUUAUCCCAUCAUUACAAGUCUUUGUGGAAGCAUUGAUCAAUGAAAAUGUUAGUUUAGUGAUAUCUCGACAGAUAUUGACAGAAUUUACAACUCAGCUGACCAAACUACCAGAUAAUAUAGCUAAACAAGUGUCUCAUUUCACUCUGGAGAAAAUACAUUCUAGAGUUAUAUCAUUUGAAGAGCAGGUUGCAGCCAUAAGACAACAUUUAGCUGAUAUUUAUGAACAUGAACAAAGCUGGAAGGAGGCUGCUGGUGUUUUAGUUGGAAUUCCAUUAGAAACAGGACAGAAGCAGUAUACCACAGAUUAUAAAUUACAAACAUAUUUAAAGAUAGCUAGAUUAUAUUUAGAAGAUGAUGAUCCAGUAUUAGCCGAGGCGUUUAUCAACAGAGCAUCCAUAUUACAGGCUGAUUCUCAAAAUGAAGAAUUACAAAUUCAUUAUAAGGCAUGUUAUGCAAGAGUAUUAGAUUAUAGACGGAAAUUUAUAGAAGCAGCUCAACGAUAUAAUGAAUUAUCAUACAAGGCCAUUGUUGCUGAUGAAGAAAGAAUGACAGCUUUAAAGAAUGCUUUAAUUUGUUCAGUUUUGGCUUCUGCAGGACAGCAAAGAUCAAGAAUGUUGGCCACUCUGUUUAAAGAUGAAAGAUGUCAACAAUUACCAGCUUUUAAUAUCCUGGAAAAAAUGUACCUAGAUAGAAUAAUUAGAGGCAGUGAUCUUCAAGAAUUUGAAUCUUUGUUACAAGCUCAUCAGAAAGCUAUUACAUCAGAUGGUUCCACAAUAUUGGAUAGAGCAAUUAUAGAACAUAAUUUACUAUCAGCCAGUAAACUGUAUAAUAAUAUUUCAUUUUCUGAACUUGGAUCACUGUUAGAGAUUAAACCCGCUAAGGCAGAGAAGAUAGCAUCUCAGAUGAUAACUGAAGGAAGAAUGAAUGGUUAUAUUGAUCAGAUAGAUUCUAUAGUACAUUUUGAAGCUCGUGAGACAUUACCAACUUGGGAUAAACAGAUACAGAGUCUGUGUUUUCAAGUGAAUAAUAUCAUAGAGAAAAUAUCAACGACUGCUCCAGAAUGGACGAAUAAAACUAUGGAAAUGAAUUGAACUGUACUGCUUUGAUUUAAUUAUUUAGUUCAAAUGCUAUGUAAAUAUAGUGCUCUAUGUAAAUAUUGUAUGUAUUAAAUAAUCUUCAGAUAUAAAUAAAGUGAUCAGAAAUUGUU